CCAAGGGCCCGUGGCAGAAAUCUUUAGUUUGACCUUUGCGUACAAAAAUGCAAAUCAGUAAAUUAACAAAUGGAAUGGGAAUGGGGAUUGGCUCUUUCGAUUUGCAUUGCACAAUUUAAAAUUCCUCCGUAUCCGUUACUGGCAUCGCUUCAGUGAGAAAUCUAACGGAGUGCGCUUCGGAGAGGCAAACGUGACAGAGAAGCGCCGGGAGCACAGCUCGGCUCUGCGCUCUGGCCGCCGGCUCCUAGCGUUACACCGCAGCUGCUGUUUCCGUUGCAACGCAGUGUGGGCGGCACUGACUGCGCUGGAGGAACGCUCAUUUUUAAAAUUUGAUGAUGUCAGUAAGUUUUUUUUUGCAAAACAGCAAUUGGAGAUCAGCAUUUACGAAACCGCCAGUAUUCUUACGGGGCUAGAAAAGUGGACGUUCGCCGUGACAACCAAGAGACCCGACCCAGAGGACGGCUUUCACCCUCAACCUGCACUUUCACCGAGGCUGAAGCGAGUUUAUUUUCCUGUUCGGAGUACUAGCACAGAAUCGCAAUGAGCUGCCUGCCCAGUCCGCGGCUGCAGAUGUCAAAGCUGACGAACUCGCCUUCUGCCGAACGGAGCGGCUUUGUGGCAUUUUUCUGGAACUUAAUUUGACAAAAAGAGUAGGUGGAAUUCUCCCUGCCCCCUAAAGCUCGGGGUCCUGGAAAAAGCCGGAGGUCGCUGCCCACAUCAGCCGUUCAUUUACAGUACAGCAGCAGUUACAAAAUGGGCGGGAAACGGCAAAAUAUUCAAAUAUUGUAUCUGUGUAGGGGAUACAGUAACUGAUUCCCCUAUCUGCUCUGAUGUUAUUUCGAAAUAUUUCACAAUUGAGUAAGUGCAAUACUAAAUCCCUUGGCAGUGUUAAUUGCAUUUUGAUAACUUUUAUGUCUAAAUAACAUGGCAGAAUCACUUGAAAAUGUUAAUUUUGAGAUAACCGGGCUGUCCGUGUACUGGCAUCACGUGUAUUAUAUUGAUGAGAAAAAGGGGCGGAACUGGCAACGUCAUUACUAAGGAUCUCUCAUCUAUUACUCUAGCUUAGUAAAUAGUACAUAGAGAACGGGGCCGGAUUCCUCGCCUCCACCAUACCUGCUGGUGUUUGUGCUUUGGGGAUCUCGACUUUUUUAAGUGUAAAUAAUGGAAACAACUGAUGGAUCGGUCGGUGAUAAAUUAACAAGCGCUGCAGCCAAAGGAGACUUGAAAGAAGUUAAUAUUUUGCUGGAAAACGGAGUGGAAGCAGACGCAAUCAAUAAGUUUGGCAGAACUGCACUUCAGGUCAUGCAAAUUGGUCAUACAAUAAUAGCCAAAUCAUUGCUGAAGGCAGGAGCUCAACCAAACCAGCAAGAUCACAACGGGUUCACGCUCGCUCAUGAUGCGGCCAGGGAAGGCUUCCUGGAGACUUUGAAAAUCCUGGUGGACUUCGGAGCUGAUGUUAAUAUUGAAAAUUCUGAGGGCAAUCUACCCAUCCACCUUGCUGCACAGGAAGGUCACACCGAUGUGGUUACUUUUUUGGCAAAGAAAUCAAACCUCACACUUAAGAACGUAAAGGGACUGACUCCAUAUGAGCUGGCCCGGAUGUACCAGAGGACAGAGACUGUGCAAUGGAUGGAACAAAAUUUAUAGGAAAAACGUAGUAAGCAAGAGCGCCUCUGUAGUAUUUAUUUGUUGGCCAAGACGUGUUUAUUGAAAUUCAUUAUUUGUAAUUCCAUAUGUUUUUAAUACUUGGGGAAAGAUGACAUUGUUACCAUUCAAUGCUUUUUUUAAAACGUUACUUUUCACGCCAUCAUGCUAAAGUCAUUUUAUUUGUUAUACAUAAGUAUUAACAUAGAAUCAGGCAAACUUUGUCAAUGUUCUGUUGGUCAUAAGAUAAUGUGCAAGUUUGACGUGGCAGUGUUUUUACUAACAUAAAGCUAUCCAUGAAGCAGUCAAGCUAACACAAGGGAAUAAUUUAAAACUAUUGCAAUAGGCAGAUGACGCGAAUGCCCGGUAUCUUUUACCAACUAGUCCUUCGGAACGUUGUGGUUUUCAUCUUUCUAUGUUGUUUAAAACGCCGAACACACCGUGUUUGUUUCAUUUACGUAGCUUUAAAUUUCAUUGAAGUAUUGCUUACCGCCUGAUGAAAUAAGUGAACGCGGAGAAGGGUCUCGGCCCGAAACGUCAAUAGUGCUUCUCCCUAUAGAUGCUGCCUAGCCUGCUGUGUUCUACCAGCAUUUUGUGUGUGUUGUUGGUAAACAUUAUUUAAUGUGUUUGUGUUUGUUUAAUUAAAAUUAAAUUAUAAUCCUUUUGUUUACUCGAUGUAAAUAUUGCAUUACUUUCAUGGCAUUGUAUCAAAUAUCAGCUUCAUAAAUUAUAAAAGAUAUAACGGCUCUUUCGCUCCAAUAAAUACUUAC